AUGAAAUUCGAAAAAGAUGUGUGCUAAUGCACAAGUUGGUCUACGCGACUUUGGCGAGAUAUCAGAUCGGUGCGAGUCACGUUGAGGGACCUUGGAUGCUGGGACACAAGUUCUUCCUUCGUCUUCAUCCACGUCUUUCUCGAACGCGCCAUCUAUAUCGCUCUACUCCCCCGCUUCAAGUACACCACCCAGUGCUUACAAUCCGAGCUAUGACCACCCCCUCCGCGCCCGCCGAAGUGCCUCAGGUCGCCAAAACCGAUACCCCAUCCCAGAAACCAAAAGAUAAGAAAGCCAAAGCCCCUGCAGCGUCCAGUUCUCCUCUGGAGUUACAACCGCGUCCCGCUUUUUUCGAUCACCGUAUCCAGCUCUUCGAGAGGCUCAAGGCAGAAUACGAUGAGUCCGUCAAAGCUAAGGCAAGGGAGGAGAUUGUCGUGACAAUGCCGGAUGGUUCCGAGCGCAAGGCGACGAGUUGGGAGACCAGCCCGAUGGAUAUCGCAAAGGAGCUUUCGAAAAGUCUCUCGGAACGCGUCGUCAUUGCGAAGGUCGAUGGCGUAUUGUGGGAUCUGGAAAGACCGCUGGAGAGUGCUUGCAAACUGGAGCUGCUCGACUUUGAGCACCCUGAGGGCAAGAAAGUGUUCUGGCAUUCCUCAGCCCACGUCCUCGGGGAAUCUGCGGAACGACACUACGGAUGUCACCUGUGCUUAGGCCCGCCGACCGACGAGGGCUUCUUCUACGAGAUGGGAAUCGAGGAUCGACCUGUUUCUGCGGCCGACUACCCUGCGCUCGAGAAACUUGCCGAGAGCGCCGUCAAGGAGAAACAAAAGUUCGAACGUCUUGUUGCAAAGAAGGAGGAUCUCCUGGAGAUGUUCGGCUACAACAAGUACAAGCGUUACCUCAUCGAGACCAAGGUUCCCGAUGGAACCUCGACCACUGUGUAUCGUUGCGGCCCUAUGAUCGAUCUUUGCGUUGGCCCUCAUAUCCCACACACUGGAAAGAUCAAGGCGAUGAUGAUCACCAAGAACUCUUCCUCGUACUUCCUCGGUGACGCAGCCAACGACUCUCUCCAGCGGAUCUACGGCAUAUCCUUCCCCGACAAGAAGCAACUGACAGAAUACAAAGCGUUCCUGGCUGAAGCCGCCAAGCGGGAUCACAGGCGUAUCGGCAAAGACCAAGACUUGUUCUUCUUCAAUGAGCUCAGUCCAGGAAGCUGCUUCUUCCUGCCGCAUGGGACUCGGAUCUACAAUACGCUGUUAGAAUUCAUGCGCUCCGAAUACUUCAAGCGUGGAUAUCAAGAGGUCAUCUCCCCGAAUAUGUUCCACAGCAAGCUCUGGGAAACGUCUGGACACUGGCAGAACUACAAAGAUGACAUGUUCACUCUCGACGUCGAGAAGGAAAAGUGGGCACUCAAGCCCAUGAACUGCCCGGGCCACGCCCUCAUCUUCGGGUCGCGCGAUCGCAGCUACCGUGAACUGCCUAUUCGGAUGGCCGAAUUUGGUGUCAUUCACCGAAACGAAGCGUCUGGUGCGCUGACGGGAUUGACGCGUGUACGGCGAUUUGCCCAGGACGACACUCACGUGUUUUGCAUGCCCAGUCAAGUGGAAUCUGAGAUCUCAGCCCUAUUCGACUUCAUGCAGCACGUCUACGGAACUUUCGGGCUCGACUUCCAGCUUGAGCUAUCAACUCGGCCGGACAACUACCUCGGAGAGCUCAAGACAUGGGAUCUGGCUGAGGAGCAACUCAAGAACGCAUUGGAGAAACACUACCCUGGAAAAUGGGAGAUCAAUCCCGGGGACGGUGCAUUCUAUGGACCGAAGAUUGACAUCAGUGUUCGGGACAGUCUGCGUCGAUCGUUCCAGUGCGCGACGAUCCAGCUCGACUUCCAGCUCCCUGACCGAUUCGAUCUCAAAUACCGAGGAGAAGAUGUCAACAACGUCGAGCAGCGACCAGUGAUGAUCCAUCGUGCCAUUCUGGGUAGUUUGGAGCGAUUCAUCGCAAUCGCAACUGAACACUUCGCGGGCAAAUGGCCAUUCUGGCUCUCUCCUCGACAGAUCCUCGUCAUUCCCGUUGCUGUGCCGUUUAAAGAAUAUGCUUCCGAAGUGACUGAGCAGCUCAAAACUGCAGGUCUCUGGGCAGAUGUCGACAACGGGCCAGACACUUUGCAGAAGAAAAUCCGCAACGGCGAGAUCGCCCAAUAUAACUUCAUUCUCGUCGUCGGUGAGGAAGAAUCGAAGACCGGUCAGUCAAUGUGCGCAACCGUGAUGAUGUUGGAACCAAGGCACGAUCAGAGAUGUUGGGUCUCGAGGAUGUCUUGGCCAAGUUUGUGGCGUUGAAGGCCAAUCGAAGUUUGCAGAACAAGCUCUAGACUGUAGAUAACGUACGAGAGGGUCGCCAAACGAAGUUUCUCAGCUCCCACGAUUGUCAUAGUGUCGUGGCGGUGCGUGUCAUAGACUCCGAAACCGAGGGUGUGUCCGGUCUUGGCUCGUCUUGGCGUUGAGCACAGAGAUCCUGUGCUCUCUUCCAUGCCAUUUGGUACUAGGCUAUGAUCUGGGUGCACAACCUGCAGGAACAGCUUUCGGAUUGCAGAUCAUCGCUCGCAGAAUACCACCGCGUCAUGGACAGCCACUCAUGGAGUCUGAAUGAUGUAUUGUACAUCAAGUCGUCCCCUCAGCUUGAACUACCACCACCAUGAUCUCUCCGCAAGUGCUCGACCUUUGCAAGGGCACUGAAACUGUAUCGUCCCUUGUCGCCAAGGACCCCCACCUCUCUCCCGGCGACGCAUGGAAGAAACUCUAUGGGAGCGUUAAAACCGUGUCGACGAAGCAGUCGAUCCAGAAGCGCGAGAAGCACACCCCCGAAGAUCUGCAGCGCGCAAGGGAAUGUGGAAAGUGGGGGCCCACUGAGCCAAGUGAACUGUUCUUGAAGCUCUACCACGACGCCUUGUGUACCCUCGAUCAUGACGUCUCUGCGUGCAUGGUCAGUCCCCCGCUCAUGGGGAGCUGUGGUACUAUCCCCUUGACCGUGAUCUCUGUCGUCCCUGACAUCAUGCGGCAUAUGUCCAACCUCAUCGUACGCGCCGAAAAGGAAGUCUUCCUUGCGACAAACUACUGGCAGAACUCAGUUGCUUCCAAGUACAUCACCAACGCAAUGAAAGAGCUCAGCCGACGCGCAGGCGAGCGCGGCGUCAAGGUCGUGAUGAAGCUUGAGUACGACCGGGGAAGUCCCCGGCAGCUCUUUGAACCGCACUACAUCGUGUCACAGAAAGAAUACACCGGCAAGAAUGUCGGCCUUCCCGCGCCGGAGGAGAUCCCCAAUAUCGACCUCCAGGUGAUCAACUACCACAAGCCUGCACUGGGAACGUUCCAUUGCAAAUACAUGAUCGUGGACCGCAAAUAUGCUGUUCUGCAGAGCGAUAACAUCCAGGAUAACGACAACAUGGAGAUGAUGAUUCAUCUAGAGGGGCCGAUCGUAGAUUCGCUCUACGACAUGGCUUUGAUUUCGUGGCACCUGAAACUGGCACCUACGUUGCCCAGUGCCAAUCAGCCGGAAACUGAAGGCGGAUUAGGUGGAAUCGGAGACGAGACAACGGCUAAAGGCGACCAACGUGCAGAUGUGUUGACUGGUCCGACGACUGUGGAGAGCGUGGUCCACCCUGUCAAUAGCUCUCAGGCCAAUGAGGCUCAGAGUGACACCGAACAAGGCGUUUUGAAUACCGCCCCGAACAUUCAGACUCAGGUGAAAGGACCGGACGAAUACACUAGAAACUACCUCUACUCUGGGAAACAAGGCAUUAGCGACACACAGAUUGCUCAUCCCUCACCUGAAACCAGCCCGCUCCCGGAGCACACUGCUGAUGAUCCCCAUUAUGACGUCGAUAUUGCGGGCGAAAUCGCCCGCGUGCAGAGUUCUGUCUCUCCCAAGCCCGGCCUGACGCGCAUGGAAGCAGUCACAGCUCAUCUGAACCACACGAAGAAUCCCGGUUUCACGGGGAACGCGCCACCGCGAGGUGCCGGCGAGGAGAUGACACCGUAUAUUGCACACCCGACCUCAGAACCCUUUCCCAUCGCCAUGGUCUGCCGGGCGCCUCAUGGAAAGCCGAACCACGAUUCCGUGUACAAUCCGCAGAACGAAGUCUGGCUUUCUGCCCUGCGCAACGCGGAGAGAAAUGUGUUUAUCCAGUCUCCCACUCUGAAUGCUGCUCCCCUAGUCCCCGCCAUCAUCGAGGCCUGCGAGCGCGGAAUCGACGUCAUCUGUUACAUCUGUCUGGGCUACAAUGACACCGGAGAGUUGCUCCCUGGACAAGGCGGCACGAACGAAAUGAUCGCACACAAGCUGUACAGCUCGCUCUCGGACAAAGCGAAGGAGCGACUGCACUACUACUGGUACGUUGGGGCCGACCAGACGGUCCCAAUCGUCGCCAAAAAGAAGAAACGGUCCUGCCAUGUCAAGGUCAUGAUCGUCGACGAGCAUAUUGGAAUCCAGGGCAAUGGCAAUCAGGACACUCAGUCUUGGUACCACUCGCAGGAAAUCAACAUUAUGUUCGACUCUGCGACCGUUUGCCAGGGUUGGAUCGACGGCCUCCGGCGCGUACAAAAUACUCAUUUGUAUGGGCCACUUGAUAAGACGGAUGGAAUAUGGAGGGACCAGAACGGAAACCAGCCAGAGGAUGUCAUUGGCAUCAAUCCCGGCAGGUUCAGCUGGGCCAAAGGAUUCCUGGGCGCCAUUGAUCGUGUUAGGGGAACGGGAGACUUUUAG